ACGUUCGUCGAAAGUAGCGGAGAAAUGAUCAACGUAGAAGCUAUAUACUUUAGAUUCAGCAAAGAUCUUCUGGAAGCUAUCGGUUUGUGGCCAAGCCGGCAAACAAGACUCGAUCAACUUCGAUAUGCUCUCUUAUUCGGUAUUCUAUCAACCGUCAUCGUGUUUCACUUUACAACAUUUAUGACCGCGGAAUGCACUUUGGAGUUAAUCGUCAAAGUUCUCGCUUCCGUGUUCAUAUUUAUAAAUAUCAUGAUCAAAUACAGCGCGUUCUGGAUGAAUACCGUAUCUAUCAAGAAGUUAAUGGAGCAACUUCAACGCACAUGUGGCGAGCUGAAAGACAAGAAUGAGAUUGCCAUCAUGCAAAAAUACGGGCUUAUCUCGAGACGUUACACUAUUUCGCUUACAGCAUCCUUCGUUUGUGGUGAAUUUAGUUUUAUUUCGAUCCAGUGUUGGUCGAGCAUUCUUGAUAUUGUUCAACCGCGAAACGAGUCCAGACCUCAUGUCAUAGUUUUUCCAAUGGAGUAUUUCGUGGAUCAGCAAAAAUAUUUCUAUUUAAUCCUCUUGCACAUAAACACAGCCAUUUUCAUAGGCGGUAUCACAGUACUGGCGACGCUAUCGGUGCUCGUCUCGUGUCAGGAAUGCGUUUGCGGAAUGUUCACAGUUGCCUGUUAUCGUAUCGAACACGCAAUGAGUACCGACGCGCUGCGGAAUGUCAGUUUGAACAGCAAAAAUCUGAUUUCCCACGGAAUAAUUAGGGCCGUGGAUAUCCAUCGCGAAGCUAUGAAGUUAUCCAAAUUUCUAAUGUCGAGGUUUGAGGUGGCGUUCGGCUUUUUAAUAAUGGCCGGGGUGAUCGGUUUGACGCUUAAUCUGUUCCGCGUCUUUCAGGUCUUGUGCUCCGAGUUUAAUAUCGGGGAACUGUUUUUACCUACUGGGUGCAUAUUCCUCAUUAUUCUAUACAUGUUCAUAGCUAACUACAUUGGGCAGGAUCUUACGGACCACAACAGUCAGAUAUUUACUACCGUGUACAACGUUCCAUGGUAUGAAGCGCCUUUGCACGUGCAGAAAUUGAUAGUGUUCCUUCUGCAAAGAGGUACCAAGGAUUUCACUUUGAGCGUAGGUGGUUUUUUCAAUGGAUCCAUGAAAUGCUUCGCCGCGUUGGCGAACACGUCAAUAUCCUACUUCACCGUUUUGUAUUCUACGCAGAGAUAAAGCUGUUAGAGUUGCAAUUAGUGAUAAAGCAACGGUGGAUUUCCCACUUGCUUAUACAAAAAAGUGCA